CCGUCAGAGAGGGUCUGCCGGCCGGUACCAGAGCUCUGCAGGUGUCGGCGGUCGACCCGGACGUGGGUGCUAACGGCCAGGUGCGCUACCAGCUGCACGCCGACUCUAGCCACCUGCACGCACUGCUGGCGGUGGACGAACGGUCUGGCUGGGUGACCACGCUGCGGCCGCUGGAACGCGAGACGACAGACACCUACCGGCUGACGGUGGUGGCCGCCGACGGAGGGUCGCCUCGUCGCUCGGCCACGGCCAGUCUGGUGAUCUCGGUGGCCGACGACAACGACUCGCCGCCCGUGUUCGCUCAGCAGCGGUACGCGGCCGUCGUUAAUGAGGACGCCCUGCCGCGCACCUCCAUCAUGAGCCUGACGACCGAUGACGCCGACCUGCUCUCGGCGCCCGUCCACUUCUACAUCACCGACGGAGACCCCCACGCCCGCUUCGAGAUUGUGACGAGCGGCGCCAACAGCGGCGAGCUGUUCGUGUUAAACGCGUUGGACCGUGAGACCGUGCCCAGCUACGACCUGACGGUGACAGCCACCGACGGCUCUCUGGUGGCCACCACCCGGCUACACCUGGAUGUGCUCGACGCCAACGACAACCCACCCGUGUGUGAGGAGGAGGAGUACGCGGUCACGCUGAGCGAGGCGGCCCCUCCCCACCACGUGCUGACCGUCCGGGCUCAUGACCUGGACGACAGCAGGAACGGUCGGCUCCGGUACUACCUGACCGGCGGCGGCGCCGACGACUUCGCCAUCGACCCGGCCCUAGGUCACGUGCGCGUGUCGGGCUCGCUGGACCGAGAGGCCCGGCCCGUCUACCGCCUGACGGCGCACGUGCAGGACCGCGGCCGCGCCGAGUGGGAGUGCACCAGCGUGCUGACGGUCACGCUGGAGGACGUCAACGACUGCGCGCCCAGCUUCGUCCUGCCCGUGCUGUCGCUGACGGUGCCCGAGGACACGGCCGUCGGCACCAUCCUGGGACGGCUGGACGUCCGUGAUGAUGACCUGGGCCUGUCGGCCGAACUGGAGUACAGUCUGGUGGAGGAGGACGACGACGACGCCCGGCUGCUGCUGGACCCGAGGACGGGCGUGCUGACUCUGGGACGGCCGCUGGACCGGGAACAGCAGGCCAUGUUCAACAUCAGCGUGCGAGCCACGGAUGGCGGCACACCCCAGCUGUCCAGCACCGCCACAGUCAUACUGUUGGUGCAGGACGUGAACGACAACGCGCCCGAGUUCACCAAAACGUUGUACCACGCGACAGCAUUGGAAAACACCACUGUAGGGACAGAGGUUCUCAAACUUCUGGCCACCUCGAGGGACUCUGGUGUCAACGCCGAGAUCAGCUACAGCAUCAUUGGCGGCAACGAACACAACAUGUUCCAGAUCAACCCGAAAACAGGUAUUGUGUCGGUGAUGUCCGAGCUGGACUUUGAGCGAGCCGGAGAGUACAUGGUGACGGUGGAGGCCCGGGACGGCGGCAUUCCGCCGCUCAGCAACCACGCCACCGUCAACGUCACCGUGCUCGACUGCAACGACAACGCGCCGGUGUUCGGGCAGGAGGUGUACAGCGCCGUUAUCCGCGAGGACGUGGCCACAGGAGAACGCCUCCUGCAGGUGCACGCGGCUGACCUGGACUCGGGCGCCAACGCUCGGGUGCGUUACGCGGUGACCGGCGGUGACCAGCACAGCCAGUUUGCCAUGGACACCGACUCGGGCUACCUCUAUGUCGCCACUCAGCUCGACAGAGAAAUGGUGUCCAGCUACAGUCUGGAGGUGACGGCGACGGAUGGCGGCGAUCCCUCGCUCAGCUCCUCCGCCCAGAUCAACGUCCACGUCAGCGACGCCAACGACAACCCGCCAGUCUUCUCCGAGACCGAGUACAGCGCCGUCGUGCAGGCUGACAUCUUGUCUGAAGAGCUCCUCCCUUUCUCGCCGCAGGAGGACAAGCCUCCCGGCCACCCGCUGCUGUUGUUCUCUGUGACGGAUGCUGAUGAGGAUCCGAACGCCGGUCCGUUCACGUUCGAGGUGGCCGAGGGCAACGGCGGCAACUGGUUUGUGAUCACGGCCGGCGGCCAGCUGCGCACGGCCGCCAAGUUUGACCACCGGCUGCGCAACUCGUACAAGCUGCUGGUGCGCGUCUACGACAACGGUGAUGACGUGCGCUUCUCCGAGACCUGGGUCGACGUCAAGAUAAUCGAGGAGCCGCAGUACCCGCCGGUGCUGAUCCCGCUGCACGUGUCGAUCCAGUCGUACCAGGACAGCUUCCCGGGCGCCGUGGUGGGUCGCGUGCACGCCUCUGACCAGGACCCGUACGACCGGCUGCAGUUCGGCCUGGUGGCCGGCCAGGCCGGCCUCGAGCGCCUGUUCGAGCUGGACCCGGACGACGGCUCGCUGGUGACGCUGGCCGGCAUCGACGCCGGAUUGUACCGGCUGAACGUGUCCGUGACGGACGGCAAGUUCACCAGCCACACGGCCGUGACGGUGGACGUGAGCGAAAUCACGGACCAGAUGCGUUCGUGCUGA